AUGGACGCGAACUUGAUGGUGACGGGUGUCGUCACGGCAUCGGCCGUCGCCAUCGUCCUCUGCUUAUUCUCCGCGGCUUGGAUGCUCGCCGAUGUGAACAACUUCUACGACGCCACCAUGAAGGAGAUGUUUGAAUUCAAAGAUCUCGCCAACGGAGCUUGGACCGCUCUGACGGAACUUACUGUUCCUGCAAAAUCUUCCAAAUCUCAGAUGCUAUUCAACACUAUCAUACGUCAGAAACGAGGCGAUUACGUGACGAAAGGUGAAGGAUACGCGAAAGGUGGCGGAGGACUGGGAAAUGGAGGUGGAGGGUACGGGAGAGGUGGCGGUGGCAACGGAGGUGGAAGUGGAGGGUAUGGCGAAAAGGGUGGUGCAAUUGGCGUCGGUGUUGGCGGAAAUGGAGGUUACAGAGAUGGAGGCGCUGGAGGGGGAGGUGGAUGCGGUUGCGAACCAAUGAAAACUGCUUGCCCUCCAGGACCGCCUGGACCACCGGGACUUCCUGGAUUGCGCGGUCUGGAUGGGGAGCCUGGAGAGCCUGGCACACCCGGUUACGGCAUGGGCGAAAAUGGCUACGGCGGUGAUGGCGGCGGUUGCGCAACAUGCCCGCCAGGACCUCCCGGACCACCUGGAAGGGAUGGUCCUCCGGGACCUCCAGGGCCACCGGGGAUGCCCGGCAUGGGAGGCGGAAAUGGAAGAAUGGGACUACCAGGUCCACGAGGACCACCUGGAGAUCCCGGUCCGCCCGGCCCACCAGGACCACCAGGACGAGAUGGAGCACCGGGAAGGAGCGGAGCUGGAAGAGGUAUUCCGGUACCAGGACUUCCAGGCCCUUCAGGGCCACCCGGACCUAUGGGUCCUCCAGGUAGGGAUGGUCAAGCAGGAGUGGGGGCUGCCGGGCCACCAGGGCGUAUGGGUCCACGCGGUCCGAUGGGACUUCCAGGACCCAACGGUAUACCAGGACCCCCAGGAGAGCCGGGGGCUGAUGGUGGAGAUGGUAAGUCUUAG